CACACACACACACACACACACACACACAGAGAGAGAGAGAGAGAGGACCCAACAUGGCUGAAGCAGAAGGAAGCGAGUUAACUUCUGGUGGCAUUUUCCAGGAGAUCUUCACCUCCCCGCUGAACCUGACCCUGCUCAGCCUCUGCCUGUUCCUCCUGUACAAGAUCUUCCGCGGGGACAAACCACCGGAGCUCGGCGAGGUGGAGCCCCCGCUGCCCAAACUAAAAAAGAGGGACUUCACCAUCGCAGAGUUGAAGCCCUAUGAUGGACUCCAGGACCCGAGGAUCCUCAUGGCUGUCAACGGGAAAGUGUUCGACGUGACCAGGGGGAAGAAAUUUUACGGACCAGAGGGGCCGUAUGGAGUGUUUGCGGGCAGAGAUGCAUCCAGAGGUCUGGCUACGUUCUGCCUGGAGAAGGAUGCCCUCAAAGACGAACACGACGACCUCUCCGACCUGAACGCCAUGCAGCAGGAGAGCCUCUCCGAGUGGGAGUCUCAGUUCACCUUUAAGUACGACUACAUCGGCAAGCUGCUGAAACCAGGAGACGAGCCCACAGAGUACACCGACGACGAGGAGGAGGUAAAAGACAAAAAGGCGGACUAGAAAAACUGAAGAGUGAACAAGACGGGGAGAAAACGAUCGAUGCCUUAAUGUUAGUUUGUAAUUCUGAUGACUGUUGCCUCCUGUUAGGGCCAAACUCCUGUUUGUAUUCUAGUACUUUUGGACUUUCACAAUCCUGACUGAAUUUCGUUCAUCUCCGUUGAUCUUAUGGCACUAACAGUUCAAUAUGCUGCAUUCUGAUGUAGAGCUGUAGUGUUAGUGAUUUAUCAGUCAGCUUAAAAACGGAUCCGUAGAUUAUUGUGGAAAAUUGAGAUCUUGGACCAAUUCCACCGACGGUUAUUUGUCCUGUAAAUUGAGAACAGUUGGUUGACUAAAGAAGGAGGAGAUCAGCUUUGUCUGCGAGAUAAUCCACCAGCUCUGUCGUACACUUUGUUAAUAUCGCUGCUGAAGUAUCGCAGGUUGUACACAUUCCUUUCAUUCAAGGUUUUUCGCUCAGCUCACGUUGAAAUAAAUUAUCUCAGGAAGUAGUUUCUCUCAAAAUUUGCAAAAAAAGGUAUUGAAGUUCUGGAGCCAGAUGGCAGAUUUAAUGUUUUUUUUUUUUUUAUUAACCUAAGUCUUUCCAGAAAACAUUUAAAACGCUCGUCUUUGAGUUAGACCAAAGGCUAAAUCGAACUAACCGGCAAGUUUCCCUGAAAGCAGAUCUCUAAAUCGGGGACUCAUUUCAGCGUUUACUUUUGGUCUGAACCUUAAGACAAGUAUUUUAAAUGAUUUGAGUAAAAUGAAGCUCAUUGGAAAGCUUAAGUGUCCUUGCAUUUCCCACCUUAAUAUGUUUUUUGAACUGUAAUAUGAGAGUAACACCCCAGCUUAAAAAAAACACUGCUAAACAAAUUUAUUUUGAGCACUUUUUCUCUAUAAACUGUACUAACCACAUUAGCUUUAUUUGCCAUGAUAUGAGGGGUGAAAUGGCCACGACUGUUUCCUGUCUGCUCUUUCAACAAUAAGAGGACGAUGACGAUGACGUACUGUAUCUGCUGGUCUAAAUUUUAUGACUGCAUAUUAAGGCCAUUAUAGGUUAAAAAACAGACAGAUUAAUUAGAGAGCAGGGGAAGGAGGGUAUAUUCCAUUAAAAAGGAAAAUUUCAGAGAAGUAAUUUAUAAAUUAACAAUAAAGAAAAGUGGUAAAUUUAUGAAGGGAGAAAAUCAACAAAUUUACAAGAAAAUAAGAACUUGAAUUUUCUCUGCGAUUAUAAAGCCGGUGAUUUGCAAUACAAGUUCAGAAAUUCUUUAAAAUCCAUGUCACAAAUUUACAAGAAAGAAAAAAAGAAACAUUGCACUUCACUUUGCUUAUUCUUCCCUCAAAUUUGUGAUUUCUUUUUUUUUCUUUUCUUGGGGAAAUGUUUAGUUUUUAACCCCAUCCCCUGGCUCCGUAACUUUUAUUAUUUUCUUUUUCUUCAAAGGCCGUAGUACGGAGUCUUGAAAUUUUCCUGUCUGAUAAUACAUUUGUCUUAUCAGAAGAUUUUCUGAUUGUAAAACUCACAAUGACAAUCCUGGUUGUUUGCUGCAGAGCCUCAGAUCCCAAUCAUAUAUUCCAUUAACCAUUUAAGUCAUUUAUCAAGCAUUCAAAUAUAAACCAUUCUCUGGUUUUAGCUCCUCAAAUAGAAGAAUUAGCAGCUUUUUCUUCGCUUUACACAAUUAUAAUUUGAAUUCCUUUCAGAAUUUGGACUGUAGGUCGGAUAAAACAAGUAAUGUGCAAUGAUUUCUUACGAAUAAAUAAAUUCAGAAAAUGAUCAAAUAUAUAGCCCCUCACUCAUUUAAGUGUUCGCAACAGUUUUUCAUCACUUGGUGCAGAGGAAAAGUGACAGAAAGUUCAUAGUACAAAAUAAAUGGCUUCACCUGUAAACACUAGAAAGUCCAAGCUGCUGCCAGUAAUGUUGCAUUUUAUAAAUCAGGAUUUCAGUUUUUUUCUUUCAGCUAAUCGUUUGUUUACAUUCAUUUUGACACUAAAUCCGUGAUGGAAAAGGAUCAAACAUUUAUUGGGAGGCCUCUCAAAGUAUUGUCAACUACAUAAUAAUAUAAUAAAAUAAAUAAAAUAUAGCAUUUUCCAGCAAUAUUUUCCAGUCCAAGUUUCCAUGUGUCUGUGAAGUGUUCCAGAAACUUUGUUUGCAAGGAAAUAUUGUUAAUUUUAAUCCUGAUCUUUAUAUGGAAGAAGUUGGUUUUAAGUUUUGUGUUCUAUUAUCUGUUCACAAUAUUUUUUUCUGUCGUUCCAUCAACCCUGUUAAAAACGGAGAGAUCAGCCACUUUCCGAAAAAUCCAUUCAAAGAGGGAAUAUGUUCAGUAUGCAUGUACAUAAACUAAAUGUCAUAAUCCUGAAAAUGAUAUUUUGAUUUAAUAAAGAAAACUACAAAAUUAA